ACGACGUCACGUUGCGUAAUUAAUAUUCAUGAGAUAAAACGCCUAGAUUGGUUUACCGUGGAGGACCGCAGGAAAAGAACGAGAUUAGAUAUGUGAAAACUACUAAAAAUGGAGAGCUCGUCUAAAGAAGAGUACAAGAUCCAAUCGUUUGAUUUGGAGACGCAGAAACUCCUCAAAACCGCCCUGAAAGACCCAGGCUCCGUUGACCUGGAGAAGGUGUCCGGUGUAAUAGUGGAGCAGUCUCUGAAGGACCAGGUCUUCAGUAGGGAGGCCGGACGCAUCUGUUACACAAUCGUUCAGGCCGAGGCCAAACAGACCAACGGGAACGUGUUUCGGCGUAACCUUCUGAACCGGCUUCAGCAGGAAUUCAAAGCCAGGGAGGAGACACGGAAGAGAUCCACCCAGGAGUGGGUUUGCCUCGUGUCCUUCAUCUGCAACGUCUUUGACUACCUCAAGGUGAACAACAUGCCCAUGAUGGCCCUGGUGCACCCCGUCUAUGACUGUUUGUUCAGACUGGCCCAGUCUGAUGCCCUGAGGAACGAGGAGGAGGUGGACUGUCUGGUGCUACAGCUGCACCGUAUCGGAGAUCAGCUGGAGAAGAUGAACCUGCAGCUCAUGGACGAGCUGUUCAAUCUGCUGAGGGAUGGAUUUCUCCUGCAGGAGGACCUGAGCUCCAUGGGCCGCCUGCUCCUCCUCGAGAUCCUCGAGUUUCGCGCAGGAGGCUGGACGCUCAGCGAAACGGCUCAGAAAUACUACUACAGUGAAGUGACGGACUGAGGCCUCCUCCAAUCAAGAGCAGCAACGCCAUACGACGUUGAUAUUUGGUUAUAUUUUGGUUUUGCGACAUCGGGUGCUCAAAACCCAACAUGAAUUCAACGUCUGAUGUCAAUGUUACAUUGAUGUCCAAUACAGCCGUCAUCUGACUUUGAUAUUCAUUGUUUUUAGGUUGUGUAACCAAAAUCCAACGUUAAUUCAACGUCGGAGUGAUGUCAAAUACUGACUUAUCAUUUUCAUCCAAAAUGCAACGUCGAUCUGACGCUAUACAGACGUCCGACGCCUGGAGGAGAAACAAGAAGGCGGGACGAAAUUGCAAUCCGUAGGAACAAAUCGAGGAGGUUUUUUUAUUCGUCUUUGAUCAAGGCUUGGAGAUUCACUUGGUAUGAGGUUUGAUAUGAAGUAGAAGACUGGUCAAACUUAGAUGCAAUACUGGCUUUUGGUUUGACUUUUUGAAUUCAGCUUGCUUUCUUGAUACACAUUUGCGGUUAUAGUAUCAUUCAUUUACUAAAAAAAAAGUUUUACAACUUUUCUCAAAUGGCUGUCAAUAAGGCCAAUUGGAGUUUAACCAAUGCUUGCUGGUAGUGUUUCCUCAGUUGCAAAGUCUUGCCGUUUUAAUCGGUUUUCUUAUUCAACGUCCUUUUUAAUAAUGGCAAAUCACAGAAGAUAGAUUGUGACUUGUUUCAUAUCUGCUUCCUAAUGUUAUGGUUUGGAAAACCCCAACAGAUCUGCAAAAAGUAGUCCGUGUUGUAACGUUACAGAAAUGUUAAUUCAGCUGUAGCAGCAUUAAAAUCAGUUUAUUUUAGUUUUAUACUCAUCAGAUUAACAAAAAUGUCUGUAAUCAUAGCACUAGAGGCGACCUAGAUGAUUUUAAUAUCAAUGCAUUUCAUUUUAGUUGAGAUUAGGUUUAUUUUACUUUUAAGUUGAUUAACAAUUCACCUUGAUAUUUUUAUUGUAUAGAGAUUUUUAUUGCACUUUAAAACACCUUAAAUGUAAAUCAAAGUGAAAUUUGUUCUGAAGGAGCAAAAGCAGUUUUCUAGAGUAAACGAAACGCAAUAUUCAGUUAAGAAUAAUAUUUUUAUACUAUGAAGAGAGUGGAUGCAUAUCCAGCAAUACUUUUACAGGUUGUGGAUGAAGGCAUUAAGCGUCAUAAGUUUGCAUGCGUUUACAGAGCUACAGCAAUUAUAUAUAUCUCAAGAAGGUCCUGUGGACUGAAUGUGGCGCGAUAUUCCAAUUUUUUUCCAUUUAAUAUAAAAUAAAGCUGUUUUUGAUUCCUGAA